GAACCAGGUGCCGUUGAUCAAAAUAAAAAUCGGCCUGCACAGCAUAUGCGAAAGGUGCAAAAAGUUGAAAGAGUUCCGAAACAGAAGGAACGAAUAGAAAAUAAUACAGUGGUAAUUGGAAUGAUAGGCACCAAUGUGAUACUGGAAUGCAAUGUGGGAUUAAAUAACGUUACGGUGCUUUGGGUCAAAAAUGAAAUGCGUGGAAACCUGAGUACUUUUACGGUGUUAACGGAAAACACCAACACCCUUGUGGACGACAAACGAUUUCUAACGGUGAAUCACAAUAAUUCCAGAAUCUGGAGCUUACAUGUAAGAUUUGCUAAAGUAUCCGAUGCAGGUCAAUAUGAGUGUCAGGUCUGUACUCCGCCUACUUUCAGCAUAUUUGUUCGCCUGGAGUUAUUUGGUAAGAAUUAGUGUCUCAAAUUAAGCUGAAAACAUCGAAA